AGCGGCGGCGAGGAGGUCACGUGAUCCGACGCCAAGAUGGCCGCCGCCGCCUUCUUGUUUUGAUGAAUAAUCUCCGUGUGGAGAGGCAGCGGCUGAGGGGAAAGUGGGGCUCCGGCGGUCACGCGUGGGCGGGAGUUGGGAGGCGCGGGGGCUUCAGCCGCACAUCCCUCAAGGGAAGCAUCGGAGCCCUCCUUCCCCAAACUCCUUCCACCAUUAAGAGGAAAACUAUGGAGGAGUUGAGUGCUGAUGAGAUCCGUCGAAGGCGCCUUGCCCGGCUUGCUGGCGGACCAUCUUCCCAGCCCACCACCCCACUUACCUCUCCACAGAGGGAGAACCCCCCAGGGCAGCCUGUCCCAGCACCGUCUUCAGGGGCACCCCAUAACCUUGGGCUGAAUGUUCACAGCAUGACCCCUGCUACCUCUCCAAUUGGCGCAUCAGGUGUUGCCCAUCGAAGCCAGAGCAGCGAAGGGGUGAGUUCGCUCAGCAGCUCGCCAUCCAACAGCCUGGAAACACAGUCCCAGUCCCUUUCCCGGUCACACAGCAUGGAUAUCGACAGCGUCUCCUGCGAGAAAAGCUUGUCCCAGGUGGAUGUGGAUUCGGGAAUCGAAAACAUGGAAGUGGACGAGAGCGAUCGGAGGGAGAAACGGAGCCUGUCCGAUAAGGAGCCCCCCUCAGGACUGGAAAUCUCGGAGGAACAAGCCUUGCAGCUAGUCUGUAAGAUUUUCCGGGUCUCCUGGAAAGACCGGGAUAGAGAUGUCAUCUUCCUGACUUCCCUUUCUGAGCAGUUCAAGCAGAAUCCUAAAGAUGUGUUCUCGGACUUUAAGGACUUGAUUGGGCAAGUCCUGAUGGAAGUCCUGAUGAUGUCGACCCACUCGAGAGAAGAAAACCCUUUUGCCAGUCUGACCGCCACGUCGCAGCCCAUCGCAGCGGCUGCCCGGUCGCCAGAUAGAAACCUGGUCCUGAAUACUGGCUCCAACCCAGGAACCAGCCCCGUGUUCUGCAACGUGGGCUCGUUUGGCUCCAGUUCCUUAUCGAGUCUCUAUGGGAGCAGCCCCAUUCCCAUUUUCAAUAUUGCAAAUCACCCACCUUUGGCCGGCUCCUUUCUCACGUCUUCUCCCAGCCCCGUUGCUCCCCUCCCCGUGUCUUCCCUGUCUGUCAGCCCCCAUCUCGUGCCAGCAGGGCCACUGAGUGUCCAGCCCUCAUCCCCAAGGUACCGUCCGUACACAGUGGCACACCCCUGGACCUUGGCAGCCCCUUCUCCUCCUGCCUCAGCCAUCACAUCCAGUCUUUCAGCUCCUUUGGCUCCUCCGGGCAUGAGCCCCAGCCCUCCAGCUGCACGGGCCGCUUCGUCCGGGUUUAGGCCUGUAGCUGCCACCCUGCCUCUGUUCUCCACUGUGGGCGGCGGCAGCAGCAGCAGCACUUCCUCCCCAAGCAGGAUGCCCUCUAGUAUGUACGGCAGCCCUUUAUCCCUCUUCCUUGCCAUUUCUGAUGUCUCUGGAGACAGUUCUGAUGAAGAAAAUGAGGAAGAGGAGGAGGAGGAUUUUUCUUGUGUCCCGUUUGGGUCCAGCGGUGGAGGCUCCGGGGGGGCCAGCGUUUCCGACUCGUGCAGCGACCACUUCGCCAUCGAGACGUGCAAGGAGACAGAGAUGCUCAACUACCUCAUUGAGUGCUUCGACCGCGUGGGGAUUGAGGAGAGAAAGGCUCCAAAGAUGUGCAGCCAGCCAGUGGUGAGCCAGCUACUGAGCAACAUCCGAUCCCAGUGCAUUUCCCACGCGGCUUUGGUGCUCCAAGGGUCCCUAACGCAGCUGAGGUCGACGCAGCAGCAGUCUUUGUUAGUCCCAUAUAUGCUCUGCAGGAAUCUCCCCUUCGGCUUCAUCCAGGAAUUGGUGAGAACGACUCACCAGGACGAAGAGGUCUUCAAACAGAUCUUUAUACCUAUUUUACAAGGGCUGGCUCUUGCUUCAAAAGAAUGCUCCUUUGAUAGUGACAACUUUAAAUACCCCCUUAUGGCUUUAGGGGAACUGUGCGAGAUCAAGUUUGGAAAAUCGCAUCCUGUCUGCAGCUUGGUGGUGUCCUUGCCUCUGUGGUUGCCAAAAUCCCUAAGCCCCGGGAUGGGCCGAGAGCUCCAGAGACUCUCCUACCUUGGCGUAUUCUUCAGCCUCUCCGUCUUCGCUGAAGACGACCCUAGAGUUGUCGAAAAAUAUUUCUCUGGCCCUACCAUCACCCUGGAAAACACGCGGGUGGUUAGCCAGUCUUUGCAGCAUUAUCUGGAAUCUGCCAGGCAAGAGUUAUUCAAGAUCCUGCACAGUAUUUUGCUCAACGGCGAAACGCGGGAAGCCGCCCUCAGCUACAUGGCAGCCGUGGUCAACGCCAACAUAAAAAAGGCACAAAUGCAGACCGACGAUCGGCUGGUAUCUACGGAUGGCUUUAUGCUAAACUUGCUCUGGGUGCUGCAGCAGCUGAGCACAAAAAUCAAACUCGAGACGGUCGAUCCUUCCUACAUCUUCCACCCCCGGUGUCGGAUCAUGGUGCCGGCGGACGAGACGCGUGUGAAAGCGACCUUGGAGGAUGUUAGCAGCUGGAUGGUUGAGCUGUCCAGGGAUCAGUCUCUCUUUUCUGAGCCAAAAUUCCCCACGGAAUGUUUUUUCCUGACCCUCCACGCCCACCACCUCUCCAUUUUACCAAGUUGCCGUCGAUACAUCCGCCGACUCAGGGCCAUCCGGGAGCUGAACAGGACUGUGGAGGAUCUGAAGAAUAAUGAAAGUCAGUGGAAAGAUUCCCCUCUGGCUACGAGGCAUCGAGAGAUGCUGAAGCGAUGCAAAACCCAGCUGAAGAGAUUGGUGCGGUGCAAAGCUUGUGCGGAUGCCAGCCUGCUAGAUGAGAAUUUUCUCCGGAGGUGCCUGAACUUCUACAGCGUGGUGAUCCAGCUCUUGCUUCGGAUUCUCGAUCCUGCCUAUCCUAACAUAAAGCUGCCUUUAAACCCAGAUGUCCCGAAAGUGUUCGCAGCGAUGCCUGAGUUUUACGUGGAAGACAUUGCAGAAUUUUUGUUUUUUAUCGUACAAUACUCGCCUCAGGUACUCUAUGAGCCUUGCACUCAGGAGCUGGCGACGUUCCUCGUGGUGAUGCUUUGCAACCAGGAUUACAUCCGGAACCCUUACUUGGUGGCCAAGCUGGUGGAGGUGAUGUUCAUGACCAACCCAGCCGUCCAGCCACGGACUCAGAAGUUCUUUGAGAUGAUUGAGAACCAUCCGCUCUCCAUCAAGCUGCUUGUUCCCUCCCUGAUGAAGUUUUAUACAGACGUCGAGCACACCGGGGCCACCAGCGAAUUCUACGACAAAUUCACAAUCCGCUACCACAUCAGCACCAUCUUCAAAAGCCUUUGGCAGAACAUAGCUCACCAUGGCACCUUCAUGGAAGAGUUUAACUCCGGCAAGCAGUUUGUUCGCUAUAUCAAUAUGCUGAUCAAUGACACGACGUUCUUGCUGGAUGAGAGUUUAGAGUCCCUAAAACGCAUCCAUGAAGUGCAGGAGGAGAUGAAAAACAAGGAACAGUGGGACCUUCUGCCCAGGGAUCAGCAGCAGGCUCGGCAGUCUCAGCUGGCGCAGGACGAGCGGGUUUCGCGUUCUUAUCUGGCUCUGGCCACAGAAACGGUCGACAUGUUUCAUAUCCUCACCAAACAAGUUCAGAAGCCGUUCCUCAGGCCUGAGCUUGGACCACGGCUGGCUGCUAUGCUGAACUUCAACCUUCAGCAGUUGUGCGGCCCUAAAUGCCGCGAUCUGAAAGUCGAAAACCCCGAGAAGUACGGCUUUGAACCAAAGAAGCUUUUGGACCAACUGACAGACAUUUACUUGCAGCUAGAUUGUGCUCGUUUUGCAAAAGCAAUAGCGGAUGACCAGAGGUCCUACAGCAAGGAGCUGUUUGAGGAAGUCAUUUCGAAGAUGCGGAAAGCUGGCAUCAAGUCGACCAUAGCAAUAGAAAAAUUCAAGCUGCUUGCAGAGAAGGUGGAUGAAAUUGUGGCCAAGAACGCCCGGGCUGAAAUCGACUACAGCGAUGCUCCUGAUGAGUUCAGAGAUCCACUCAUGGAUACCCUUAUGACCGACCCUGUACGGUUGCCAUCGGGAACCAUCAUGGAUCGAUCUGUCAUUCUGCGACACCUUCUCAAUUCUUCCACAGACCCCUUCAAUCGCCAGACGCUAACGGAAAACAUGCUGGAGCCAGUGCCUGAGCUGAAAGACCAAAUCCAGGCUUGGAUGAGGGACAAGCAGCACCCUGACCACUGAGGUGUCCCCCCUGGCAGCGCACACCGAGGUCAACUGCGGAGAGCCGGACGGCGGGUCCAGGCGAGGGGAACGCCAGAUCGUUGGAAGUUGAAGCCGAGCUGGGGGUCCUGCGGCGCCCGCUGCCACAGACAUGGGGCCUCGCGGGCGGAGCAGAGGGACCGGCACCACCACAGAAAGCAGCUUAACCCUUGUACAUAUUUUUAAGCUAUAAAUGGCAGUCGAUAGCAUUGUGGGGGAAUAAGUUAGGAGGUCGCUCCUGUUCCGAAUCAGACCCCUCCGUUUCAUAGUUGGGGUUCGUACGGCUGAAUUCUUUUUAGCAACAGGCACGGAUCGGGGCAGCAGACCUUCAGUGUGUGCGCGCGCGCGCGUGUUUUUUAAAAUAUAUUGCCGGAUCUCCGUUAAUUUGAUAGUGGUUGAAACUUUGAACAUUUUUGCUGCUAAAGUUACCCCUGGACCCUUUCAUUUCUUUCUCAUCGCCUCUGCCCUGCACAAUCCUGCCUCCCCUUUUUUUGUUCCUUAAUGUGAAGAAAAAAGUUCCCUGUAUAUGAAAAGCAUUCUUCUCUGACCCCAAGAGAACAUAAUCUUGAAAAAGCAAA